GGGCAAUUCAAUUGUUUUGUUUGAUAGACGAAGCUUAGGGUCUCUUUGGGUUUGCAACCCUUACCCUCCUGGAAAAAAUCAUAGUUGCUAGACUGCGACACUUCAGACCAGGUACUAUUAGAGCCGCUAAUGGACGACGAGCUAUUUUCCGCUAUCCGGAGCUCAAGCAUUUGAGCCGCUAAAUGGACGAGACUCCUGGGGGAAAGGAUGCAGAGAAUGAGGAGAAAACACUCGUAGAUCUAUGGAGCAGGGAGUAGGUAUUGUACUACUUCCUGGUAUGGAGCACUGAGAAGCGCUUGGUGACAUCGUCCAAGAUCGACAGGGAUGGCGGGUCACCUGCCGUGGCGCUGUCGACGCUAUUGUCCAGUCCCGCAUGGAGCCUGUGGCGAAGCCCCUCAUCUGUGGCACUUGUGCACGCAGUUUUCGUCGGCCACAGGAUAUUGCGAGGCACAAGUGUAACGCUGUUCGUGCGGCCUGCGUGCGCUGAGUAUGGCGUUCCGCGCCCGGUGGACAACACGUCUCCUGGUCUGCCCCGUAUGUGGCCACAUAGCCAGUCAUGCCAGUGGAAGAAGGAAGGAAGGAAGCUCUCACCGUCCAGGAGCGACACUGACUCGCAUUGCUAUCUGGUGCUCACGAGGUGUUUGUCGCGCUUCAAACGGAGCGUCUCUCAUUCGGCGAUUUGAUCGCAGGACGAGAGAGGAGCUGAUGGACGAUCUCUCCAAUGUUCCUCUUGGUUCGGAGCAGCGCCGAGUGCUGGCGUUGGGACUUGAAGUUCUAGCAUCCGUAGCUGCCUCAGGGGGUGCCACUUCUCCCAUCAGCGUCGACUAGUCCGCCGUUCUAUUUAGCAUUGCUGCGUUCCUAUGCCACCGUGCCGGUCUGCGUUGGGCCAGUGUCUUGUUAUGCUGUGCUACAGUGCCGUGUCUAUUCCUGUGAGUGGUCCUAGCACCCCGUCUCGCCAAAGCCUGAGUGUUCACAUCAGACAGCACAUUGCUGCCCUGCCCUACCCUGGCCCCUGUAGGUAAGAACUGCACAGCACUGACAGCGCCUUUCAACGGCAAGGUGACCGGAACAGGUGUCACGCCCGGCACUGGUCUCUUCUUCGCCUGCAAUGCACCCUACGUACUCCGGGGCAGCGUCGUGUGCUUCUGCGACAUCUUUGGAACGUGGAGCGGCGUUCCUGCUAAAUGCUCAAUCCCUGAUAUUCCCUGCAAGUACCAAUAGUUCAAGUGCGGUGGCAGUGGUGGUUGCAUCUCGGCCACCAAGGUCUGCGACGGUGUGUGGUAUGACUGCCCGGAUGGCUCCGACGAGAGCAACUGCACUAGCACACGCGGCACUGCAGCACCAGCAGACUCCACCAAAUGGCUACAUCCAGGGAGCCAGCAUGACCAGCUAUGGCAGCCAGAUUGCGUUUGGCUGCUACCAGCCAUACGUUCUCCAGGGACCUGCCACCCGCACCUGCCAGCUGAGUGGCAAGUGGGAUGGUGUACCACCUGUCUGCACAUUGGCCUCGCCUUACAAGAGUGGCUUCCAGCCAUGUCGUGAUGGUACCUGCCUGGCCUCAUCCAAGUUCUGCAAUGGCGUUUUCUUUGAGUGUCCCGACAACACAGACGAAUAUCAAUGCGGCACGACUGGACCCGGUGUGUGCACACCGCUAGCUAAACCGACCAACGGCUACUCCCAGGGCACAAACUAUUCUGCUGGAGGCAGCGUCGUCUUCGGCUGCAAUUCCGGAUACAACCUGCAGGGAAGCAUUGUGCGCAUCUGCCAGAUUGACGGUUCCUGGAGUGGGGCAGCUGCCUCAUGUAAUCCCAUUCAACUGCAGUGCCAGUCUGGCUACCUGCCCUGCCUGCAUUCCAGUGGCUGUAUCCUGCCAUCACAGUGCUGCGACGGUGUUUGGUACGACCGUGCUGAUGGCUUUGAGCAGUACUGCCCAGGCAAGGUCACACCAGCUCCAGGUCAAACCGACUGCCAGGUCCUGUCACAACCGGCACUGGGCUCAAUGACCGCGAACGGCUUGAUGUUCAGCAACACGACCACGUUUGUGUGCACAUCUCCCUAUGUCCUUAUGGACUCGGCCGUGCGUACUUGUGAAAUCAACGGCCAGUGGAGCGGCGUGCAGCCAACUUGCGUCCUGACGACUGCUGCUCUGAGUGCGGCCAGUGACGAGCUAGUCAAGGACUCCAUCUCAGAACGCAUGACACAAACGUCUCCCGCUCCAUGCCCAUUGUUGGAGCGACAGUCCUGGAAUCCAGAGUUGCAAGUGAGGUGGUGAUACGGCAAGCAGACGGUGGCAAAGUACGGCUUCAAAGCUCUACGUCUGGCAAGUGGCCGGCAUACCACCCCAAUGGACAUCGGAACAGUACAAGUAGAGUAGCAUCUCUACGUGACAGGGUAUGAGCGCAAGCCAGUAUUGCCAAGCACUGGGGACCUUUGGCAAUCUGAAGAAUGUUUUGUCCGAGAAUCGAUCCUUGGAUCUGUGGCGUUGCAGUUGUGGUGCUCCCGACCCUCUUGCGCGAUGGCGAGACUUGGCGAAAAGGUUCCAGACAUACGGCAUCUCAAUAUCUUCCACCACGAUCAGUACAUCAGCACUACCAUCGAGCGUAGCGACAUCAGCAAUAGAAGACGCACAUGAUAUCAUUCCCCCUUAGCGAAGACCCGGGAAUACCUGAGAAGAUGUUAGCCGCGACUUUACUGGAAAAGUCGUCGGUGACAACGGUACUCCAUAUUUUAGCUGCAUGCAAUAGGUCUCUCAACAAGUGUACCCAAAGUUUUCAAGCUAAUACACAAGCAAAUUCACUAGGAUCCGAGUAUAUUUUCCUACACCUCUCCCUGUUUGUUGUUGUUAUUUCUGCAUUCAAAUUGUUUGUGUACCUCUACAUUUAUUACAGUAGAGCCACGCAUCCACGACUGUUGUUUCCAAGGGGUCGGGCUCGUCAGUUAUACAAAACCUUUCAGCAAUCUGGCCUUAGGCUUAGUUCCUUGACUUUCAUCUUCUUCCAUUUCUUUCUUGGCUGUAGAUAUGUUGUGCCUCUUUUUAUGCUGCCAUGUUGCCACUUGGGGUUAUACACCCGGUUUUUUUCCUCAUUCGUGCGUCCGUCGGCGCGAGGGUUUUUUCCCGGCUGGCUCGGUCCAGAGAAAUUAAUCUGACGGUCCCAAGUGGUGCUUGUCCUGGCUUAUUUAUGUUAGACGAAUGAAUGUACUAAUUCCUUCCUCCUGGGGUCUGUCCCCCUGUUGUUGCUCCUAGUUUUCUUCUGCAUUCCGGUUCACAUCUGGCUGCGGCCUACUACCCUCA